ACAUUUUUUUUCUAGAAUUGUCUAGAAUUUUCUGACAUUCAUUAUGAUUUAGUCAUCAAAAUUUCCUUCGUUUAUUAUCCAAAUUUUCAAGUGACAUCGACGAAAUUAAAGUUUGCCAAUGAAUUCCAGUGUUUUAAGCGACGAAACUAUUUUCCUGGAGACUCCACAAUAAAAGCAGGAAAUGAAACAAAGGAAUUAAAUGCAGGGAGAUGCAUCGAGGAAGUGCGUAGAUUGAAUUAAAAGGAAAAAAGGAAUUCACGGCUAUGCUGAAUCAGAAACAGGUUGUUUUGUCCAUAAAAAUUGUACUCUAAUUUGGUAAAAGCAACUUUGGCUAAAAAAAAGGGGAAGACAACCACGUGUUUUCACGGUCUUUUCGCAGCAAUAAGCCAGUGGAUAUAGUUUCUUCUCACUCUUGUGGGUGUUCUUUUUAUAGCUGGCGUUUGACCUCCUUCUUCUGCAUCAAGAAAAAGAUUAGUCAACUGGUAAAUCUUCCCGAGUGCACACACAACAUGCUGUUAAUUAACUAAUUUCCAAUUUUUUUUCCAUCGUUUUUUUUCCACACUUUCCUCACACGCAAAAUCAUGCCUGACAACUAUCAUAAAAUGAACGGUGAAGAUGACCAGAAGAGCAAUGAGGCUGGACCCUCAGUAGAAUAUUCGUCGCAAGUUUCGACGGAAAGUGAUGACGAGAAUCUCAAAAGGGCGAAAAAUUUUAUGCUGGGCAUAACUGGUGCUUCACCGCCAAAAUAUGUUUCUCUUGAGGAAAUAAUGAAGGCGACGGAUGGACUGAAAAAUAUGGCACUAGCUCAUGAAAUUGCUGUGGAUAAAAAUUUUAAACUCGAAAAAUUGGGAGUCGACGAGAUUGGAUUACACAAGCAAGUCAAGGAAAUUAUACACAAAGCAUUUUGGUCACUUUUGGAGGAACAACUCGCCGAGGAUCCGCCAAAUUAUAUACAAGCUUUGGUUCUAUUGAAAGAAAUAAAGGGGACUCUGGACGAAUUGGUGUUGCCGCAUCACAAGAAGAUUCGCGAAAACAUUAACGAGGUGCUCGACGUCGAUUUAAUAAAGCAACAGGCAGAAAAUGGUGUUUUGGAUUUUCAACAUUACGCUCAUUAUGUUAUGAAUAUAAUGAGUAAAAUAUGCGCACCGGUGAGGGAUGACAGAAUAAAAGAAUUACGACAGUGUACCGAUGUUGUGGAAACAUUUCGCGGUAUAAUGGAAGUCCUGCAAUUGAUGAGACUCGAUUUGGCGAAUUUCACCAUUACAAUGAUGAGGCCAAAUAUCGUUGCCUCGAGUAUUGAAUAUGAGAAGACAAAAUUCGCCGAAUUUCUCAAAAUUCAAUCGGAUGGAUUAAGAUAUACGCGAGUAUGGAUUCUCAAGCAUUUGAAUGAAAAGAAAAUCGAAACUGCCACCAACGAUCCAAAUUCUAUUAAACAAAUCACUCAUUGUCUUUUGGCUGAGGCUUAUUUGGAUCUUUUGCAGUUUGAUUUCACUCCGAAUGCCGAGACAUUGAUGCUGGACCAGGGACGACUUUUGGAACUGCGCGACAAGACGAAUCGUAUGAGUAUUAUUAGUUCAGUGCUUCUUUUAGUGAAUAAUAUCGCUGGUCCUGCGAUUCAUGGAAUUUCCAGUUUCAAAAAGCAAAUCAAGGAUCAUCUCAAUGUCAUUUUGGAAUCUGUACAUUCCAACAAAGAUUUGGAAACUGUGAUGCCGAAUGUUUUGUUGCAAGUGAAGGCGGAUUUAAAAGCCACACUCGAGGAAAUUGGCGCGCCUUCAAUGCCGCCUGAAACUGAAACAAUUCUCGAUGGACAAAUUUUGGAUCUCGUGAAUCCAGAACAUAAAAUUCGAUAUCUCGUCAAUCUCAGGAUUCGGCAAUUUUUGGAGAAAUUAAUUCUCUCGCAAUCGGCAGCGCCGCAACAAAUUCCACCGGGACUCUCGUCCCUUCAAGAAGAAUUGGCAUCAAUUUCAGCACAAUUUCUCAUUUUAGUUUCACACAAUCGUAGCGUUUUCGGUGAUUAUUAUCAAGAUAUUGUCGCCGAAGCACUUCGGCAAACUGAAAACGGAAAAACACUCACCAUGGAUGAAACAUAGAAAAAAACUAGAAAAAAUUGAUUAAAAAAUAAAUAAAUAUAUAAAAAAAAAAAGAAAUUGUUAAUAAAAAUUGAAGCGCUGUGUUAAAAUGAAUUUAUCGCAAAGAGAAAAGAAAACAAAAAAUUAU